GCCCUUCCAUAUUUUAAACAUCACAUAAAACACCUAAAAUUUGUUUGUCUUGGCAAAUAUACUCCCGCUGAUUCAAGUGAGAUCUAGAGCUAAUACCAAUUUGUUUGUCUUCGGCUUCCUUCGGUCCUCCUCGUCUUCAAGCGACAAACGGGCAGCUAUCUUCGUCUUCCUUCGGUCCUCCUCUUCUCCAGGCGACGAACAUGCAUUCUCAGUUCACCAGUUGUCUCUGUCUUCCUUCGGUCCUCCUCUUCAACUCAGUGUAAGUCCUCUCUCUCUCUCUCUCUCUCUCUCACACACACACACACAGGACAAGAGGAUCUGCCGCAAGUAAGAAAUUUUUUCCAAAGGGGCUUGGAUUUCAUUUCUUUUUUUAAUUGUAAGACAAACACAUUUUAGCUAAAUUAUUAUGUUUUAUGAUUUGUUUUUAAAUUUUUUAUGUUUUUAUAAGUCCGACUAAUUGAUCCAACUUGAACCAGUGAACCGGUCAUCUUACCGGUUCGAUGACCAGUCCGGUUCUGAUAGAAUUGUCUUGGACAGUAUAGAUGAGCACCGAAUUGUUCCCAUGAUACAAAUCCCUCCUCUUCACAACUCUUUUUUUCGUCUUGCUUAACAAGCAAGAGGCGCUGUUCUUCUUUUGAAACUCUUUGUUCAUGUAGAAUCCAAAAUCAACCGCAUUGGGAUUGGACACCUGUAAAAACUUAGGGUUUUCCUCCACUGAGAUUGAUAGGUAUGAGUGUUUAGUUUCUGCUCAGCAUAUUGACAAUGGCUGCAAUUAGAUUUUCAAGUUUGAAAUCAUGUUGUUCUCGCAUGAAAUUCGGUGGAUAUAUGAAUCGGAUUGAUCCUAGACAUUCGUUCUCUUAUUUAAAUCAAACCUACCACACAGAAGAAUCUGGUUUUAGCCAAAAUGAUAUGAACAAUGAUUGUAGAAUGAUGGGUUUAAAGUCUUUUGUUGGUAGAUCAUCCUUGAGGACAAAUCCUGUUGGUAUAAUUUCAUCUGCAAUACCUAAUUUGCGUGUUCAAAGGAACGACUUUAUUUUUUGGAGGAGUUCUAUAGCAAGUUAUCGAUCGUAUUCAUCGGCUGUUGGUGGCAAAGGAGAUAAUUCGACGAGUCCAAAAGUUUCGGCUACUUCCGAUGCAAGCGGCUCUGAUGUUAGUGACAAUGACUUUGGUGGUGCUUGGGUUGAGAAGUUUGAGGUAGUCCGGCAAUCUGUUAUAGAUGCUGUGAAUUAUACAGGGGAAAGGGCUAAAGAAGCCUCUACUGAAGUCACUCAUUAUGUUCACCAGUUGCUUAAUACCCAUCCCUAUCUUAGAGAUGUUGUUGUCCCGGUUGGUGGUACUUUAACUGGUACUAUACUGGCAUGGGUGGUGCUGCCAAAGAUUCUCAGAAGGUUGCAUAGGUACUCAAUGCAAGGCCCCGCUACAUUAUUGUCUGGGAGCUCAUUAUGGGGGCCAGUUCCAUAUGAGAAAAGUUUUUGGGGUGCUUUGGAGGAUCCAUUGCGUUACCUGAUUACCUUCAUGGCUUUUUCACAAAUAUGUGUGAUGGUGGCACCAACCACUAUUGCAUCACAGUAUAUUGCUCCGGCUUGGAGGGGUGCUGUUAUCCUUUCAUUUGUGUGGUUCUUGCAUCGCUGGAAAACUAAUAUGAUUACUCGUGCUUUGGAUAUGAAGAGCAUGGAACCGAUUGAUCGAGAUAAGCUGUUAACUCUGGAUAAAAUCUCAUCAGUAGGUCUAUUUGUCCUUGGUUUGAUGGCUUUAUCUGAGGCAUGUGGAGUUGCUGUGCAAUCUAUUUUGACCGUUGGAGGUAUAGGAGGAGUGGCUACUGCUUUUGCAGCUAGAGACGUCCUCGGGAAUGUAUUUAGUGGGUUGUCUGUUCAGUUUUCACGACCCUUUUCAAUAGGAGAUACGAUAAAGGCUGGAUCUGUAGAAGGUCAAGUGGUAGAAAUGGGGCUUACAACUACUUCAUUGCUAAGUGCAGAGAAAUUUCCUGUCAUAGUUCCAAAUUCACUGUUUUCCAGUCAGGCAAUUGUGAACAAAUCACGUGCUCCAUGGCGGGCCAUGGUGACCAAGAUUCCUUUGCAAAUUGACUAUUUUGAUAAGAUUCGACAGAUAUCGGAAGAUAUAAAGAGUAUGCUCAGAUCAAAUCCAAAUAUUUUCUUGGACAAGGAGGCCCCAUAUUGUUUCCUGUCACGAAUAGAAAGAACAUAUGCAGAAUUGACCAUUGGCUGCAAUCUGAAACAGUUGCGCAAGGAUGAGCUACUUUCAGUAGAGCAAGAAAUUCUUCUGCAAGCUGUCCGGAUAAUCAAGCAGCAUGGUGGUUCAUUGGGUAGCACCCUUGAAAUGUGACUGGUCAGUGAUAAACUUGAUAUACAAAGAAGUCCUUGUUUUUGAGUAUAGAACUUUUAUGAUGUUUUUACCAUCCUUGACCUCUUAGAAUAGUUUUGAGGUUACAAGUUUUUUAUUUUUUUUGAAAAGUGGAGAUUACGAGUUACGCAAUACUGAAUUUGCAGUUUUGCUGGAUGUGAUUUAAUCCCGCAUUUAAAGAAACUUCAUGUGCGAUGUGAUAAACCAGAGAGUUAUUACUGGGCACUUCAAAAAAAAAUGAAAAAUUCCAGGCACCUAAUAGUCUUUUUAUCUAAACUUAAGAGAACAAUUGUUUCUCAAUGUCAUGGCAAUGCGAGACAGUAGUCUUGGGGGUUGAAGAAGUGAGUUUUAGAUGAUAAUGCAGACUGUCGUGCCUGUUGAUUUGCUUCUUUGUUUACAUUUCAUUCGAGAACUUCAUGUUGCCUGUUUAUCAAGCGUGCACAAUCUGGAGAUUGUGUGCAGAGUUGCUGUAAAUUAGGAGUUGCAAGGAGAGAGAGAGAGAGAGAGAG